AUGAUUGCUGAUUCGCUUUCUAAAACCAUUCCAGAAGGUUCAUCUUCAUCUCCAGACAACGAAAUGAUCACGACAGAAGAAGAAUUAAAACUCAAAUCAGAUAGACAAAAACUUGCAGCUUCUUGGGUCCAAGCUGCCUUAUCCACCAAUCUAUCAUCCUUUACUGUUUAUAACCGAGAGCCUCGAUCAUCUAAUGUUCAAGCUUCGAGUACAAGUAAUUCUCAAAAUCAAAAGAGUGUUCUCGGAAGUAAACCGGUUUUAGUCCUAGAAAAUUCAAGAGAAGACGCGUCUUCAAAAUCUCAAGGAAAAAGCCGUGUGACAGGAGCUAAUUCCAAACAAGUCUUACCAGGAACGCCGCGCAAACAAAGCGAAGGAUUAGCCAAUGGGAAAAAGCAAAUAGUCCAACCUCUUCCAUAUUGGAUUAGAGGAAAUGCACUUGACGAGGCGGUUAACUUAGCUGACACGCUACAAUUGAAGUCGCGUGAUUGGUUUUUGUUGUUUGUUGAGAAAUUCUUGGACAGUGACAGAGACAUUGGUUUAUCAAACAAUGGUCAGAUAGCAGGUAUGCUAACUCAACUAAAAAGCGUAAACGAUUGGUUAGACGAGAUAGGAUCAAGCAAAAACGAAGGAGAAUCGUGUCAGAUACCGGUAGAGACAAUUGAUAGACUGAGGAAGAAGAUAUAUGAAUAUCUUCUUACACAUGUUGAAUCUGCGGCCGCGACACUUACUUGCGAUCCACAGUCACAAUCAUCAGAGAUUAAAGGAAAAAAGUGA